AUGACUUCUCGGGACCAGCUGGUGCAGCAGGUGCUGGGUGAGCUGCAGGAGGCUGUGGAGUCCGAGGGCCUGGAGGGUCUCCUUGGAGCGGCUCUGGAAGCCAAGCGGGUGCUGACUUCCUUCAGCCUCCCUACCUGCCGGAAGGGAGCAAGCUCCGGACCACAGGUGCUCGAGGUGGACUCGGUGGCCCUGAGCCUGUACCCGGAGGAUGCUCCCCGGAACAUGCUGCCGCUGGUGUGCAAGGGAGAGGGAAGCCUGCUCUUCGAGGCGGUCAGCUUGCUGCUGUGGGGGGACUCUGGGCUCAGCCUGGAGCUGCGGGCCCGCACCGUGGUGGAGAUGUUGUUGCACAGACACUACUACCUCCAGGGCAUGAUUGAGUCCAAGGUCAUGCUGCAGGCGGUGCGCUACUCCCUGUGUUCCGAGGAAUCUCCUGAGAUGACCAGCCUGCCGUCUGCCACAUUAGAGGCCAUCUUCGAUGCUGACGUCAAGGCCACCUGCUUCCCCAGCAGCUUCUCUAACGUGUGGCACUUGUAUGCCCUAGCCUCCGUCCUGGAACGCAACAUCUACUCAAUCUACCCCAUGCGCAACCUCAAGAUUCGGCCCUACUUCAACCGUGUCAUUCGGCCCCGCCGCUGCGACCACGAGCCUUCCACCCUACACAUCAUGUGGGCCGGUCAGCCCCUCUCCAGCCACCUCUUCCGCCACCAGUACUUUGCCCCCGUGGUGGGGCUGGAGGAGGUGGAGGUCGAAGAGGCUCCCAGCCUCUCUGGGCCUCCAACUCUGGUCCCACUGCAGCCGCUACCGCCAGCCAAGACCCUGGAGCUGCUCAACCGUGACCCGGGCCUCAGUUACUCGCACCUGUGCGAGCGUUACAGUGUUACCAAGAGCACCUUCUACCGCUGGCGGCGGCAAUCGCAGGAGCACCGGCAGAAGGUGGCCUCCCGCUUCUCGGCCAAGCACUUCCUGCAAGACAGCUUCCACCGCGGGGGUGUCGUGCCCCUGCAACAGUUCCUCCAGAGGUUCCCCGAUGUCUCCCGCUCCACCUACUAUGCCUGGAAGCACGAGUUGCUGGGCUCUGGCGGCAGCGGUAGUGGUGGCGGCGAUGAGUGUGCCGAAUCCCCGGCACUGGCUGCCACGGAGCUGACCGCAGAGAAGCCCCCAGAGGAGCAGGUGGCCGAAGGCCCCGUGUGCUCCUUGCUGUCAGCGUCCAGCCCAGGAGGCGUGCUGAUGAUGCAGCGGGCCAAGAUGUAUCUGGAGCAUUGCAUCUCUCUGAACACGCUGGUGCCCUAUCGCUGUUUCAAACGCAGGUUCCCCGGCAUCUCCCGUUCCACCUACUACAACUGGCGCCGCAAAGCCCUCCGCAGGAAUCUUGCCUCGAAGCCGGCUACGGCUUCGGAGCCAGUGGUCACUACAGCAGAGGCUCCCCAGCCCACGGCUGCUGUGGAACCUGCUCUGCUCCUUGGGAAGGGUGAGGUGGGAGAAGAAGAGGCGGAGAAAGCUGGGGCGGGCCCCCCUGCACCCCAGGAGCUGCCGCCACCCAAGUUGCCCAAGAUACGCCUGUCCCGGUGGCAGAGGCGGUUGCGCCGGGCAGCCCGCAAGCAAGUACUGCGGGGACACAUGCCAUUCUGUCGCUUCCGCCUCCGCUACCCCAGCCUGUCACCCUCCACCUUCUGGGUCUGGAAGAGUCUUGCCCGGGGCUGGCCUGGAGGUCUGUCCAAACUCCGGGUUCCAAUGGCACCAGUGGCCCCCAUGGACCCGGAAAGGAGCGGUGCAAAACGCGAAUUGGGGAAGCCAGAGAAAGAUGCCAGUGGGGGUGUGAUAAAUGUGACGGGUCCACCUGAGCUCACCUUGCCCACGGGGGCUUCUUUAGGAGACAACUCCACGGUGGGGACCCAGGGAGGGCAUCCUGAAGAGGGGACCCUGAGAGAAAAAGGGGCAUCCGCCCAACCCCAGUCCCAGCCCCAGCUCUGUGGAGGGUUGUCGAACACCCCUGUGGUGGUGGAGGCAGCAGGUAGCAGGGAGGGCCAGGUGCUGGUGAUGGACAUGCUGGCUGCUACCAAGUUCAAGGCCCAGGCCAAGUUGUUCUUGCAGAAGCGCUUUCAGUCCAAGAGCUUCCCGUCCUACAAAGAAUUCAGUGCCCUGUUUCCCCUCACCGCCCGUUCCACCUACUACAUGUGGAAGCGGGCCCUGUAUGAAGGCCUCACCUUGGUGGAUGGCUGA